AUGAUAGGAAAAAUGUUUUUUAGACAACUUUUACUGCAGCGAUUUGUUUUUCCAAUACAAAGACAUAACAGUAUUUAUUCAUGCUAUAACCGGAUUAAAUCAAUCUCAAUUCACUCUAAAAAUGAUAACUCCAUAACAGGAAAUUAUCCUUCUAAUAUUCCUUUUGUAAAUAGGCAAACAAGGACUCCUUAUGAUCCAGAGUAUUUUGAUGUAACGGAAAGACGUAAAUUUGGAGAAAUUUUGCAUGAACAGGAUGAAAUUCUUUCAAUGUUUUCUCCAGAUAUUCAUUCUCAUGUCACAUCUUCAAAAGCUAUUCUUCAUUUAUUUACAUUUGGGUUUAUUGUUGUUACUAUUUCUUCAAUUGCUUAUAUUUUCCGGCCCAAACCACUUGCAGCACCUAGAGAAAAUAUCUUGAAAAAACUAGAAAGACUUUGA